AGAAAAGGAGAGGAAGGUGGGUGGAAAAGAAGAGGAAGGCUUAUUCUCGAGUUAGUGCUUUAGACGACUCGGGAGAACUUGUAGCAGGAGUAGCUUGCCAAUAAAAAGCACCAUCCCCAUCUUCAUUGUUAAGCGAAAGGAACUAAAGACAGACAGUAGCUGGGUUUCACUUCACCAUCGGGAUCGACCUAGCCUCGGAUCGGAGUUAACAAUAUUCUUCAUAUAAUAAUUUUGGUGGCAAAACAUGGGAGGAGGAAAGGACAACCAUCAUGUUGACAAAGGAUGCUAUCCCCCUAUUGGCUAUCCUCCAGUACAUUCAACUGGAUCAUAUGUAUCUGCACCUCCAAUUGCAUAUCCAUAUCCAUAUGCACAACAUGGAUCUAUAUGUCCACCAUCAAUUGGAUCAUAUCCAUAUCCUUCACCUAUGUACUCUUCGCACAAUGGUUACCCACCAUCUGGAUAUCCAUCAUACAAUCAAAGUGCUUACCCAUCGAUGGGUGGCUAUCCUGGUGCUAGUUUAUAUGCUACUCAACAUCAUGGUCAUGGAUCUAACAUGGGGACAACACUUGUCGGUGGAGCAGCAGCCGCUGCUGCCGCUGCCUAUGGUGUGCAUCACUUAACCCAUGGCCAUCACCCUCAUGGUCACCAUUUAGGGCAUUUUGGCAAGUUUAAACAUCAUCAUCAUGGAUACUAUGGCAAGUUCAAGCAUGGAAAAUUUGGGAAGCAUAAUGGGUUUGGAGGAAAACAUGGCCUUCUACGAUGGAAGCAUCACCAUCAUGGUUUCUUUGGAGGAAAAUACAAGAGGUGGAAGUAGUCAAAUUACAAGCAAGAGUAUGCAAUUGGAUCAUGCAAGUAUGAUCACCAACAUAUGUAAAAUAAAAAUGGGUUGGUUCAUAUCAAUGUUAUACACACAUGUCAUGCUUUUAUAAAUUACUUGUUAUUAUAUGUGUCAUUAUCAAUCUACAUGUUUCAUUUC